AUGAGCUUCGUUUUGGAUGGUACCAUUUAUAUUUCCGCUUUAUUAAUGAAAUGUUAUGAAUUAUCAUUAGAAAUUAGAAAACAACUGGAAUACCCUGCCCUGAAACACGGCGGCAUCAGGGUUGUUAAUGAGUAA